AUUGGCACACUUCUUUUGACAGUUGGUGGUUACCAUAGCAACCAGUAACCGACAGCUCGUCCCCUUCUUCUGUUGCCGUUUGUAACUGUGGUAUGAUCACGAUCAGCUCUCUGUUCUUUUUACAAGUAUUAUAUUUGAAGACAUAUUUUAGACAAAUUGAAUUAAAUACAGUGCUUCAUGUAUAGUUUUGCCAUAUUUUGGCAAAAUUAUACAUGAUUGGACAACAUUAGCUAAAAUGUUGUCCAUUUAUUUUACAACAGUAAACUGCUGUCAGCUGUUCAUUGGGAGCUAUUGCUCUGUUUUUAGGGUUAUUUAUUAUAUUUUGUUUAAUGUUUAAGAGUAGAAGGUGCUGGACUGAUGUUAAUUUCCAACUUGAUUUUCUCUCAUUGUUAUUUAUGUUAAAAAUUAGAUUAGUUAUUAAUGAUUUAAAUUUAUGCGGUCACAGUCAGCUCACCCCUUUCUCUGCUGAAGCUCUUCUCAGUCACUCUUCCUCCUCAUUGCUGGUGGCCAUCGAGUGUCAUAGGAAAUCCAUUGCUGUGCGUCACCUCUGCUGCCCGUAUCCUGGGGGACAUACUGCUCCCCUCUGCCUCCUUCUGUCAAUCCAACCCUGCCUGCACAUCAGCAUGGAUCUGACAGACUUGGAAGACAUGAGCAGUGGCUGUGAAGGCAAAAACUGCAGCUUAGCAUCAAGACUCCAGGAGGAAUGCAAAACCCAGGACUGCUACUGGGAGGAACCCAUGUUUGGACUGAUUGAGUUAGUUUGCGUGACGAUGGUUUAUAUUCCACUGAUGUUAUUCGGCCUUCUUGGGAACAUCUUAACCAUACUGGUGGUGUGGCUUCGUCCACACAUGAGGAGCUCCACGUACCUGUACCUGAGCAGCAUGGCGGUCAGCGACCUGCUGAUUCUCCUUCUGCUCCCUCUGGAUCUGUAUAAGCUCUGGAGACCCAGACCAUGGCCCCUGGGAGACCUUGCCUGUAAGCUGACUAUGUUCCUCUCAGAGUGCUGCACCUUCUGCACCAUCCUCCACAUCACCUUCCUCUCCCUGGAGCGGUACGUGGCGGUGUGCUGGCCGAUCACAGCCAAGACCGUCGUGACACGCCGCAGAACCAGGGUCAUCAUCGGCUGCCUGUGGCUGGGUGCGGCUGUCAGCGCGUCGCCCGUCUUGAUUAUGGUCGGAGUGGAGGACGUCGGGGGAGAGGAGUUUGGGCUCAACCAGUGGAGAGAGGAUGGGGGCCGGCUGGGCGGAGAGGGAGAGCAGGGAGGGAUAAUGAUGAGCAGAGCGGAGAGAGGAGGCGCAGUCAUGGCUUUGCUGGAUCCACGGUUGGAGGAAAUAAAGUGGGGAGAGAAGGAGGAAGUAGAAUGGGGUGAAGACCUCACAGACUUUAUAUGGCUUGAUGACAAAAACAGCAGAUCAAGAGAGGGAACCGAAUGGAAACAAAGGGACAUUAAAGAUAAAUCAGAAGAAGCUGAGGAGCUAAAUGAGGAGAAAGGGAAGAUGGAAUUUGAGAAAGAUCAGCAAAACAAAAAGAAAGAAGAUGAGGGGGGAGGAGGAGAGGAGAGAGCCGAUGCAAGCCGUGGCGGAGAGAUCGACAGGAGGGAGUGCCGCUGUACACACUAUGCCAUCUCCUCAGGUCUCUUGUCCGCCAUGAUGAUUCUCUCCAACUUGUACUUCCUGGUUCCCCUUUGCAUCCUCGGCCUGGUGUACACUCUCAUUGGACGGACAUUGUGGCUUCGCCCAAAGAGCAGCAGAAGAGACCAGAGUCACCGAAGCACAGUGAAGAUGUUAGGAGUGAUCGUCUUGGCAUUUGUGCUCUGCUGGCUUCCCUUCCACGUCGGCCGGACUAUUUUAUCCCUUUCUCUCGGCUCCAGCGUUGAGAGACAGGAUGCCUACAUGAACGCAACCUCCCACAUUGACGCGAACACCAGCGCUCUCGAGAAAAUUAGGACAAAAAGACAGUUUCACAACAGUACAACCUAUGAAGUAGCAAACAGGACUGCGGUUACUGGGAGCCCCCAACAGGUCAAACAAAGUCCCGGCCGUCUUACCACCACCAUGAACGCGUACACCACGACACCCCCCGACCUUUAUGUUGACGUUGCACACAACGCUCUCUUAAACAACACACACUCUCACCCUGACACUCACAUGUAUUUUCUGUACUAUCUGUCUCAGUAUUUUAAUCUCGUGUCUUCUGUCCUCUUCUACCUCAGCGCCGCUGUCAAUCCGUUACUUUAUAACCUGAUGUCUGCCAGGUACAGACUGGCUGUUCACAGCCUCAUACACAAACGCUCUCACACACACCCUCACCGCCUGCGCACGCUCACGGCUCGGCACUCCACCACCACUUUGUAAGCUAACAGCAGAGCGGCAAUGUUCUCUCCAGCUCACCCCACAGAUUUAGGGCUCAGGGCUGGAAUGGCAUGGACGAAGGUUAUUUUUAUGUCUUGAGAACCACUUUUGUGUUGAUUUGGCCGAAUGUUUUGAAGUAUUCUAAAAAAGGCCAGAUGACAAGUUUUCAGUCUUCUGGCAGAGGGGAUUAAUGCAGCAAUUCACAACAAAUCCACAGGAAAUGAAGCAAAAGUGUACAUGAAAUUAGGAAUAAAUAUGUAUUUUUUAAUAUAAAUCUCAGGACAUCAAACUUGAAAUUACAAAUUGGUAAACUCAAACUGACACAUUAAGAGUGAAAAAGAAGACAUAGCAAUUCUUUAAGAAUCUUGAGCAAUAUGAGUUACAAAAACAUUAUUUCCCUUAAGGAUUAAUAAAGUAUUUUUUAAUUUAAUUCCAUUGAAUGAACCACAUUAUAGAAUAUACUAACCAAAAGUGUUAACAAAUUCGAGAAUUUAAACAAGUCAUGAGGUUACAUGAUGAAUAAAAACAAGAAAAAUAGAACAAAACUAAAUGUGAUAAAAACACAAACAAUUCUCAUAACAUUGAUUCAUUCAAACAAUCUUUUCUAAGUUUAUCUCUACUGUUUUUAAGAGAUAUAUUUUAGCACAAAAAGGAAACAUUUAAUGCAAUUCAUUGUCUGAUGACAAUGACCAGGAACUAAAUGGUUAUGUGUCUUAUUUAUACAGUGCAUAUAAAUAUCUGUGAUCUCUAAUUACUUUUAAGGGAUUUCCAUAUGCUUGUUCGUUGUUUGAUGCUUUGUGUUACAUAAUUUUUCAAUAAGUUAAGAUCAUAACCUGGUCGUUUUGUAGGACUGAAUGGACAGACUGUCUUUCUCAUUGGCAGAGUUUCUGUCCUGCAGGAUCUGGAAAAGAUUAAGCCAAGGUUAAGAAUGUAAGUAUUUAAAUCUCUUUAUAAUGCCAAGGUUGCUUCAAUAUGCAUAUUUGUGUGUAAAUGCAUAAAAAUGUGAUUGCACAAGCACACUCGCACAUACUCACCUCACAGACAAACGAGGCAGGGCUAUUUCAUUGAUUCAUGUAGUUUCAUUCAGGUCGAUGUGUUUUAUGUAACAUAUAUCACAUUAUGGACACUGAUGUGGCAGAUACGGCUACAAAUGCCUUUAUUUGAUGGCAGUUAGAGUUUCAUGUCUUGUGUAAAGGACAUUUUCUCCGAUGCUGGCCCGUCUGUCAGCAGGUAAUGAUUGAGAAAGGAUUUCCUGAAGUUCAGCGGGCGAAGUGGCCUCAGGGCGAGGGACAAUUGAUUAGAUUGGAUCUGUAAUCCAGCCUAUUCCUGCAAGGUGUUGAAGAUUUUUUUUCUUUUCUUUUCUAAGAACCGUGUUCUUAGAAAUAUGGUCUUGAGAUUUUGAUUUGAAAUGGACAUGAAACUCUCCUUUAUGACGAGCGUGUAAGACAUGGACAGUGAUGAAUGUUUCUCAUUGCUUUCUCUGCUCCUGGUGAAUUUACAGUUAAUGUACAACUGGUAUAACGCACACUUUGGCUCUAAAUCAAAGGUGGAUGCUGAAUGUUUUAUGUUCUGAUCAUUUGACAUGUUAAAAGAUUUAAUAUAAGCUGUAAGCUGUUUACAUAUUUUUUUGUAUUUAUGUUCACAUUUACCUAUUAAAGACUGCUUACAGUGGUAA